AUGUAUCUUAAUCCAACGGAUUUUCCAAAAGCUUUAAAUGAUAUUAAGAAAACCUCAUUAUCUCACUCAACCUGUAAAUUAGUUAUAUUUGUUUCUUGUUUAAAUAUAGAUGCUCUAUGUGGUGCAAAAAUAUUGGCUUCUUUGUUUAAGAAAGAAUUAAUACCAUACCAAUUAAUUCCUGUUGUUGGAUAUUCAGAAUUGAAAAACCAUUACUCAAAAUUAGAUGAUGACAUAAACAAUAUUAUACUCCUAGGAUGUGGUGCAAUGAUUGAUAUAGAAACAAUAUUAAAUGUUGAUCCCGAUAAUUUUUUAGAAGUUUAUAGAAGAAAAAUAUACGUAAUUGAUGGUCAUAGACCCUGGAAUUUAGAUAAUAUUUUUGGCUCCCAAAUUAUAGUAUGUUUUGAUGAUGGCUUGAUUGAUCAAGAUUUAGUAGAUCAAAAACAUGCUUAUGAAAGCUUAGUGGAUCUACAAAAAGACGAUGAAAGCGAAAAUGAAAAUGAAAAUGAAGAUCACAUAAUUGAAAUAAAAGAACCGAAUAAUGAUAAAGAGGAAAUUAUCAGUGAUAAUAAUGCUGAUGAAAAAACAAAUAAAAAACCUACCAUCUCUAAAAAAGCAUUAGUAAUGAAAAACGAACAAAUUAUAGAGGAUUACUACUCUCAAGGUUCAACUAUAAUAACAUCAAUUACAAUCCAAAUAUACUCGAUGCUUUCAUUAAUAGAUGACGACAUUUCAAAUGAUAUUGAUAUUUUAUGGUUAUCGAUUAUUGGAACAAUGUCAUUAGAUAACAAAUACCCACAAAUAUAUAAAAGACUAUAUCCUUUACUAAGAGAUGAGGUUAUUAGAUUGAAUCCGACUGCAAGUUAUUCAUAUUUAUCUUCAAAUAAAGCAGAUCAGUCAUUAAUAAAAAUGGAUAAGGAUUAUCAUUUAUUUUUACUUCGACAUUGGUCUCUUUAUAAUAGUUUUUUUUAUUCUAAUUAUGUCAAUUCCAAAUUAUUACUAUGGCAGGAAGAAGGUAGAAAAAAAUUAAAUAAGAUGUUUGCUAAAAUGGGAAUAUCUUUGCAAGUUGCCAAUCAAGAUUGGUUAUAUAUGGAUAUUUCUGUUAAGAAAAGAUUAAAUCAAAUUUUCGUUAAGUAUCUUGGUUUAUAUGGUUUGGAUGAAUUAAUUAGAGAUGGUUUUGUGAGAACCUUUGGUUAUAGAGGUUCAAUAGCUGCAAGUGAGUGUGUUGAAUCUUUAACGUCGUUACUAGAACAUGAUAAUCAAAUUUUUGAAGAAUACGAAAAAGAAUCAAAUAAAGAGAAUUUGAAUCCUAACAGCAGAGAUAAUUAUAUCAAUAAAAGAAUAAUGAAAAAGGAAAAAAUAUGGAUAAGCAAUUUUUGGAAAAGUUGGGAUGCAUUAGAAAAUAAUAAUAUUAGUAAAAUUAAAAAUGGGCUAAAGUAUGCCAAACACUCCCAGCAGAUAAUUUUUCGAACCGGAAUGUUGAUUAUGGACAAGAAAUUAUUAAAAAACCUACGAGUUUUCAGAUUAGUUGUAUUGAAAGAUGGUAGUGAUUUAGAAUUUUUUAAAAAUCCAUUGAUGCUUUCGAGGUUGGGGAUUUGGAUUUUGGAAAUAUUGUCAGAAUAUGAAUUCUCGCCUCUUUUGCCAUUAGUUAUUGCUACUCUAGAUGUUUCUACGGAUACAUAUCUUGUAAUGGGAUUGGCAUCGAUUUACCCCAAGGGAAAGAAAAGAGACGACGAUGAUAUAAUGCUACUAGAUGAAAAUAAGACAAUGUUAAACACAUUUAGUAUAGCCUUUCAACAAGUAUCGGAAGCUACUGGGGCUAAGGUUAGAAUUGAUAGUUUUGAAAAUUCGAUCAUAGAGAUUAGAAAGGACGAUUUGACACCAUUUUUAGAACGUUUAACGCUCUGUGGUCUUAUAUAG